GUUUGAGGAGUUCCUGCAGAAGAAAUGGUCUGCAGAAAAACGUUUUGGUCUGGAGGGCUGUGAGUCUCUGAUCCCCGCUCUGAAAACCAUCAUCGAUAAAUCCUCUGAGAACGGAGUGGAGAACGUCAUCAUGGGCAUGCCUCACAGGGGUCGUCUGAAUGUUUUGGCCAACGUGAUCCGUAAAGAGCUGGAACAGAUUUUCUGUCAGUUUGACUCCAAGCUGGAAUCUGCUGAUGAGGGCUCCGGAGAUGUGAAGUAUCAUCUGGGAAUGUACCAUCGCCGUAUCAACCGUGUGACAGACAGGAACAUCACCCUGUCUCUGGUGGCGAACCCGUCUCACCUGGAGGCCGUGGACCCCGUGGUGCAGGGGAAGACCAAGGCCGAGCAGUUCUACUGCGGCGACACCAACGGCAACAGGGUGAUGUCCAUCCUGCUCCACGGAGACGCAGCGUUCGCAGGACAGGGCAUCGUGUACGAAACCUUCCACCUGUCUGACCUGCCGUCCUACACCACGCACGGCACCGUGCACGUGGUCGUCAACAACCAGAUCGGGUUCACCACAGACCCCCGUAUGGCGCGCUCCUCUCCGUAUCCGACCGACGUGGCCCGAGUCGUCAACGCUCCCAUCUUCCACGUCAACGCCGACGACCCCGAGGCCGUCAUCUACGUCUGCAAGGUGGCCGCCGAGUGGAGGGCCACGUUCCACAAAGACGUGGUGGUCGACCUGGUGUGUUACCGCCGCAUGGGUCACAACGAGAUGGACGAGCCGAUGUUCACGCAGCCGCUGAUGUACAAACAGAUCAAGAAGCAGAAGCCCGUCCUGCAGAAGUACGCCGAGAAACUGAUCGGAGAGGGAGCGGUCAGCAGGCAGGAGUACGAGGAGGAAAUUGCCAAAUAUGAUAAGAUCUGUGAGGAGGCGCACGCUCGCUCUAAAGAUGAGAAGAUCCUCCACAUCAAGCACUGGCUGGACUCCCCCUGGCCUGGUUUUUUCACUCUGGACGGACAGCCAAAGUCCAUGAGCUGCCCCUCUACCGGUCUGACAGAAGAAAACCUGAACCACAUCGGCCAGGUGGCCUCGUCCGUCCCCGUGGAGGACUUCACCAUCCACGGAGGUCUGAGUCGUAUCCUGAAGGGCCGGGCCGAGAUGAUUCGGAACCGGACGGUGGACUGGGCUCUGGGAGAGUACAUGGCCUUCGGAUCGCUGCUGCAGGAGGGGAUCCACAUCAGGCUGUCGGGACAGGACGUGGAGCGAGGGACCUUCAGCCACCGUCAUCACGUGCUCCACGACCAGAACGUGGACAAGAGGACCUGUAUCCCCAUGAACCACCUCUCCCCUGACCAGGCGCCGUACACCGUCUGCAACAGCUCGCUGUCCGAGUACGGAGUCCUGGGCUUUGAGCUGGGAUUCGCGAUGGCGAGUCCCAACGCUCUGAUCCUGUGGGAGGCCCAGUUUGGAGACUUCCACAACACGGCCCAGUGCAUCAUCGACCAGUUCAUCUGCCCCGGUCAGGCCAAGUGGGUCCGACAGAACGGCAUCGUGCUGCUGCUGCCGCACGGCAUGGAGGGCAUGGGUCCAGAACAUUCGUCAGCUCGUCCAGAGAGAUUCCUCCAGAUGUGCAACGACGACCCCGACGUCAUGCCGACCCUCACAGAGGACUUUGCUGUGCGUCAGCUGUACGACUGUAACUGGAUCGUGGUGAACUGUUCAUCUCCUGGAAACUACUUCCACGUCCUCAGACGGCAGAUUCUCCUCCCGUUCAGGAAGCCUCUGAUUGUCUUCACUCCUAAAUCUCUGCUGCGUCACCCGGAGGCCAGAUCCAGCUUUGACAUGAUGCUGCCUGGAACUCACUUCCAGAGGUUGAUCCCGGAGGACGGCGUGGCGGCGGAGCGUCCGGAGGAGGUGAAGAGGCUGAUCUUCUGCACGGGGAAGGUUUACUACGAGCUGACCAAAGAGAGGAAGAGCAGAGGCAUGGAGGGAACUGUGGCCAUCGCUCGCAUGGAGCAGUUGUCUCCGUUCCCGUUCGACCUGGUGAAGGCCGAGUCGGAGCGUUUCUGUAACGCCGACCUGGUUUGGUGUCAGGAGGAGCACAAGAACCAGGGUUACUACGACUACGUGAAGCCUCGCAUCAGGACCACCACCCAGAGAGCCAAGCCCGUCUGGUACGCUGGCAGAGAACCGGCAGCGGCUCCGGCGACAGGAAACAAGAACACUCACCUGAUGGAGCUGCGGCGUUUCCUGGACACCGCCUUCGGCCUGGACGCGUUCAAAGAUCGGCAGUAGACCUCUGAGCUGCAGCACCUGGAGUAAACCCUCACCUGCCCGACCUUUGACCCCCGACCCUCCUGGAUUCAGUUGUGACACUCAAACUGCUUCAUGGACACAAACACACACACACACACAGUUAUACUGCAUACUGUAGUCUGAAAAUACUACACACAUAGUCUGCAAAUAUUGUGUACUACACAAGUACUGCAUACGACAUAGUACUACUAAGUUUACAGCCUGUAUUUAUUUAAAAACAGCAGCGUUUAAACGGCUUUUCACCCAAAAAAUAAAUAGUUUUAAAUUCUGAAGUACGUGUUUGACACCUUCUGUUAUUACUCAGUAUUACAAAGCAGUACACAGUAAAGUGUGUACUGCUUUGUAAUACGGAGUAAUAAGUACUACUGAUGUGUUUUUUUUGUUCUCUGCUGCCAAAAAUCAAACCUGUGGCAUCAGGACACGACGCCUGCUGCUGUUUGUUUACAGCGAGUCGCGGUAAACAACACCGCAACAUGGAGGAUACUUUGUACACAUUCGGCUGUCCACGUACUUUCGACCAUGUUAGGGAAGUUUAGGAUCAGGUUACAUGAGAGUACUAAGCAGUAUGCAGUUGGAGUAGUAGUACACGGUACUGCUUGACUUGACCAGUCAUAGGAAAACUCGGCGUGCUGCAACAGUACUGCGUGUACUCCGGCGUCGGGCUCGACUCCACCAGGCGACUCUGCGUGUCUGUAGCUGCUGAUUCACAGGAUUACUGCAAUAUUACUGAUACUCUGUGUACUUUGAGUUUCAGUGAACAAAAGAAAGUCCUCCGACGUUAAAUAUCCCGCCAGGUGGGCGCAAACGACCGGCUGGUGAAGCGUGGAGAUCAAGUAAAGUUAAAAGAACCUCGUUUCUGAAGUAACAACAAGUAAAUAAAUAAAUUUUGCUGCCAAGAUUUAAUCAGAUACUCGGACAAGACAAGAAACAGAGUUCAUUAAUGAACAAGUUGUUGAGAAAUAAAGGCGCAAAAUCUAAUCCAGCAUGUGCCAAAGCUCAUGUGAAAUCCACUCAAUAUAACGGGAGUGUGUUUUUCACGUGUAACAACUGGGGAAGGUUAACUUGCAUUUAUAUUUGUAUGUUAACUUAUUAGUUGAUUAAAAAUAUAAAUAAUCCAUCAGAUUUAAGUGCAGGAAGGCGCAACAAAGACUUGGAGAACAUGACAAAAACUGAAUAAAAUCUAGUCUUAAAUGAGCAAAAAUCUGAAUGUAGUCUGGUGCGGUAAAAGAACGCCAGCUUUCAGCUCUUGGCAGUUUGUGAUGCUCCGUGCUGCAGACUAAUGUCUGAUUUCACCCAGAAAGGAUUUCAGAUUUGAUUCUCAGCUCUCGUCAAGAGGUCGUCGAGUGUCACCCGGCAGCCAUUUUGUCGUAAAAUGAAACAAGCGUCUGCUGCAGAAACGUCUGGUGGAGUGAAGCCUGAAUCUGAGUUCACGCACACACUUUCCUCCGUCCACACACACACACACACACACACUCCAGCUGUAACAGUUAUUAUGUCAUCGUCUUCAUCACUCCCCCCCCACACACACACACACGAUCGUCAUCUUUUCUUCACGUUUCAGGAAACAUUUAUGCUUUUGCUUUUUUAAUAAACAGCUUGUUAGCAUCGUUAGCAUCGUUAGCGCUCCCCAUUGUAAACGAAUGGGACCCCGGCUAGCAGGUGAGAGGGUGAUAUUUGAGUCACUACAGCAGGUGGAGGAGGUGCAGGUGUGUUAUCUCGUUCAGGAGAGUCAUUAGUCCCCCCUGCAACGCUUAACCAGCACACUGGGAUUUUGUUUUUCUUUUAUUUUGAAGGGAUGUUGAAACGAACCAAAUGCACUGCUGAUUAUAGUUUAACCCCUCUGCUUCUCUCUCACAUUUAUCCCGUGUGCCAAAAUGGGUCGGACGUUCUCAUGUUUUUAUUGUUUUUCUUGUCCGGCGAGCGGCUGAAUGAACUCUGUGAGCGGGAGAGGAAGAAACAAAACGCCUCCUGGUUUUGAGAAUAAAGAGAUGUAAUCGGCUGCAGGUUGUGUUUUUGGCGCUUCUGAGACAAAGAAACUGACUUAUUUAUUUUCAUAGGGGAUCGGGGUUCUUCAUUAUUUUGCUUCAUUCAAUAAAGAGUCCUGAACUGAA